UUUUAGAAGCCAAUUGUCAAUACUAUUUUUUCAAUGACUUUGCAUUUAUUCAGCUGACUCCGCGUAGCCUUUUUUUAAGCACACACCAAAAGCGAACGGCUAUCUUCCUCACUGAUUCUACAUAGGCUCUGGCAAAUAUCCCUCGCCAUUCAGCCGAUGUGGGGGCUGUGUGUGUCUUGGCGGAUAUAGGAACUUCAGAACUUGCAUCAGCCGGCAGAGGCGGUUGUUAGCAUGAUCUGUAAACAGGGGAUGAGGAGGCAGAAGCUUAGAAAGGAUAGUAGGAACUGCUCAGGUUAGAUAGUCCUCUUUGCCGAGUUUUAUUGAAAACAUUCAAGUUUAAUAUGAGCGAAAGGCUACUUAGUAUCGUUGAUUUUUUUCCAGACAAUCUUGUUUUAUAAUCCCGAAUGGACGUAACAACGAAGAUCUACUUUAUGGCCUAUUACUGUAGUCGUCUAGUUUUCGAAAUAUACAUUUAGCUUUGUAUAUGCAACCAUAGGCCAGUGGUUUUGCACUGACGUUGAUCCACUAGGCAUCAGCAACUAGUGUGGUGUGGAAAGCAAAGCGCAGAACCUAAACCAAGGUGCAAUACCCGCCUGGCGGACAAAUUACACGUGUUGCAAAGUGCAAGGUUCUUUUAUUAGUAGCUCAAGCCUCCGCUACCUCAACAUUGGACUUCUUAAUCGACCACUCAUAUGUGUUGUGUUUGGUCCUGAAACGCAGACGACUCUUCUGUUUUCUCAAGAUAUAUUAAUUGUCUUUUAUUUGUAUUUUUUGUAAAUUUUAUUUACGAGUUCGUUAUUUUUUGCAAUAUGUCUUGCCGUUUGCUGGGAGUUGUCAGAAGGCGCGGUGUCGUUGGGACGUCUGUGGGGAUCCGCUCCUUGGCGUCGAUCCCCUCCCUGCCUCCGGCAGUGGCGGACUUCGUGAGAGGGGCAGUGGACGAGUGCAAGCCAGCCAAUGUUCAUGUGGUGACGGGGACUGCAGGAGAGUCGGCUCAUAUCCUGGCUGGCCUGGAGAAGGAGGGCAUGGUGAAGAGACUGCCCAAGUAUGAGAACUGCUGGCUAGCACGCACAGACCCCAAGGACGUGGCUCGGGUGGAGAGUAAGACUGUGAUCGUCACUAAGAACCAGAGGGACACCAUCCCCAUCCCGGCCGGGGGGGUCAAGAGCCAGCUGGGCAGCUGGAUGAGUGAGGAUGACUUCCAGAAGGCCAGGCAGGAUCGCUUCCCAGGAUGCAUGGCAGGUCGAACCAUGUAUGUCAUUCCCUUCAGCAUGGGCCCGGUUGGUUCUCCCCUGUCUAAGUUUGGCGUGCAGGUGACGGACUCGCCCUACGUUGUGGCCAGCAUGGGCAUCAUGACACGCAUGGGCACCCCAGUCAUGGAUAAGCUGGCGCAGGGGGCGGAGUUUGUGCGCUGCCAGCAUUCCGUUGGACGACCCCUCCCACUGAAAGCUCCCUUGAUCAACUCGUGGCCAUGCAACCCUGAGAAGGUCCUUAUCUCCCACCUUCCCGACACCAGGCAGAUACUGUCGUUUGGCAGCGGCUAUGGAGGAAACUCUCUGCUAGGGAAGAAGUGCUUUGCCCUGAGGAUCGCUUCCCGGAUCGCCAAGGACGAGGGCUGGCUGGCCGAACACAUGCUGAUCCUGGGCAUCACCAACCCUCAGGGAGUUAAGCGGUACGUGGCGGCGGCAUUCCCGAGCGCCUGUGGGAAAACCAACCUGGCCAUGAUGAAGCCUGCGUUGCCCGGAUGGACCGUCGAGUGUGUGGGAGAUGACAUUUCCUGGAUGAAGUUUGACAGUCAGGGCAAACUCCGGGCCAUCAACCCGGAGAACGGCUUCUUCGGAGUGGCCCCGGGCACCUCGGCGAAGACCAACCCUCACGCCAUGGCGACCAUCGCCAAAAACACAGUGUUCACUAACGUGGGCGAGACCAGCGACGGAGGAGUGUGGUGGGAAGGACUGGACCCACCUGCUGCAGGCGUGGCGCUGACCGACUGGCACGGCAAAGCCUGGAAAGCAGGAGACCCUGGACCCUGUGCCCACCCGAACUCCAGGUUCUGUACCCCUGCGGCUCAGUGCCCCAUCAUUGACCCACAAUGGGAGAGUGACGAGGGAGUGCCCAUCGAUGCCAUAAUUUUCGGGGGCAGAAGGCCGGAGGGAGUCCCUCUGGUGUACGAGUCGUUCAACUGGCGUCACGGUGUGUUUGUGGGCGCGGCCAUGAGGUCUGAAUCAACGGCAGCGGCGGAAUACAAAGGCAAGGUCGUCAUGCACGACCCCUUCGCCAUGCGCCCCUUCUUUGGCUACAACUUUGGUGACUACCUGGCCCACUGGCUCAGCAUGGAGACCCGCAAGGCACCCACACAACUGCCCAAGAUCUUCCACGUCAACUGGUUCCGUAAGGACCCCAAGUCCGGAUCCUUCCUCUGGCCAGGCUUUGGCGACAACGCCCGCGUGCUGGAGUGGAUCUUUAAGCGCUGCGGCCGCGAGCGUGAGGACGAGGCAGCCAAGAAGAGCUUGGUGGGCUGGGUGCCACAAGAGGGAGCCAUCAACCUGCAGGGCCUGGGCGGCAAUGUGGACAUGGGUGCCCUCUUCGACCUGCCCAAAGCAUUCUGGGAAAAGGAGACCCAGGACCUAAGGGCAUACUUUACCCAGCAGGUGGGAGCGGACCUCCCCCAACAGGUGGAAGGAGAACUGAAGGCUCUGGAGGACCGGAUCAGGAAUUGA